UAUGCUUCUGCCGAUUGCCAUCCAAACGUGCAAUCCGGAAAUGUGUUCAAGAAUAUCGACCGUCGAGAAUACGGCGCCGAAUUUUCUAGCAAAUUCCAUGAAAUCGAUUUGCGCCGGUGCACGAUUACGGAGGAAACCCAGCCACACAAUAUAUACUUACACAGUUAUUUCGAAUCAGCCGGCACGCGUGCAGCUGAGUUGGUGCGAAAUUCUUCUGUCCAUUACAACGUGUGUCCGAACGUCUCUCCUUUUCGCAAAUCAGAAUGGCCGAGAUAGAUUUAUCUCCCGCACAGGACCGCGGCGUGUUGAAAGAGAUCAUCAAGGAAGGAACGGGAGACUCGACUCCUACGAACGGUUGCAAGGUAAAAGUCCACUACACCGGCACCUUGCUGGAUGGCACAAAGUUCGACUCUAGCAGAGAUAGGGAUAAGCCAUUCAAAUUUAAUCUUGGAAAUGGCAGUGUCAUCAAGGGAUGGGACAUUGGCGUUGCCAGCAUGAAGAAGGGUGAAAUUGCUAUGCUGACAUGCGCCCCCGAAUAUGCCUAUGGCAGCAACGGCAGUGCACCGUUGAUCCCAGCUGAUGCUACGUUGAAAUUUGAAAUUGAAUUACUUGAUUGGUGUGGAGAAGAUCUAAGCCCAGGUAAUGAUAAAAGCAUCGAGAGAUUCCAAAUUGUUCCUGGCCAGAGUUAUGUUAACCCAGAGGAGGAUAGCAAUGUGAAAAUACACUUGGUUGGAAAGUACAAUGAUCAAGUAUUUGAGGAUAGAGAUGUGGAAUUUGUCCUUGGAGAAGGAGAAGUUGCAGGAAUUGUAGAAGGUGUAGAAAUAGCAUUGCGACGCUUUUUAAAGGGCGAAAAGUCUAGAUUAUUAAUUAAAAGCAAAUAUGCAUUUAAGGACCAAGGAAAUCCGCAAUACAAUAUUCCGCCAAAUGCGGAUGUGGAAUAUGAAGUAGAAUUACAGAACUUUGAGAAGGAGACAAGUGUAUGGUCGAUGAAACCGUCGGAAAAGAUAGAACAAGCAAAGAUGCAGAAAGAUAAAGGAACGAAGUACUUCUUGACCGAUAAACUCAAUUUAGCCAUUAAAGCGUAUCAGAAAAUUUUCAAGUACUUAAACGCUGACUCAGGUUUCGAGGAUGAUCUCAAGAAGGAGAAAGAUAGUCUCGUAAUAGCAGCUCACUUAAAUCUUGCUCUAUGUUAUUUGAAAACUAAUGAGAACCUUUUGGCCAGAGACGAGUGUACCAAGGCUUUAGAGCUGGAUCCACAGAACGAGAAGGCUCUAUUCCGAAGAGGGCAGGCGAAUCUCGGACUCUCAUCGCCCGAGAUCGCCAUCAAUGAUUUCCAAGAGGUUCUAAAAGCAUGGCCAAAAAAUACGGCCGCGUCUAAACAAAUUUUAAUCUGUAAUGCUCUUAUUAAAAAGCAAUUAGCUAAAGAGAAGAAACUUUACGCGAACAUGUUCGAUAAGUUUGCGCAGGAAGAUAAACAGUAAUCUCACAGAAGGAGGAGCAAAAACUGAAGGAACAACCAGACGUGAUGCACGGAACUCUAGGAGAAUGGGGACAAGAGGAGAGACCCGGAGGUAGAGACGCGACUGCCUUUGAAAAGGAAAAUCCUAACAUACUCAUGCUCAACGCUAAUGGUUCUGGUGAAUUCAAAAAUAUGUAAACAGUUGUCCUUCUCUAUCUCUUUCUUUUGUUACACUGCCACGUGUAACUGCCAACAAACUGAGGUCUCGUCGGUCUUUAUUUUCAGUGCCUUCUAAAUAUGCUACAUUGCUAUCUUUUACAAAAAUUAAAAUUGCAUGUUAUAAAUAUUGAAACAUCAAAUGUUUAAUUUUAGCAUCUAGAAUUCAUAUAAGUUAACAAAUGAAAGUUUUAUAUACUUAAUGCACUCAUUGUACAUUAAUUAUAAAAAUUUCUUUAUAUACUUGUUUUUUCAAUUUUGAAGAGAUAAAUGCAGUUUGUUGAGUUCUUACCACAGUUUUAUUAAUGGAAUACUUCUUUUUAUUUCAAUUGCUACGUUGCGCAUACUUCAGCGAUUGUCCCAAUCUCACAUCAAUUUCCGACUUCUGUAAUUACGCAUGACAAUUACAAAGUUGUUACAUUUCAAGCUAUACCAUUCCAUUAAUAAUAUAGUGCCAUUAUGUAACUCUAGUACAUCUAUUAUUACUAUGUACAUUGUAGAGCUAAAAAAAGGAUAGGAAUUUUUACUAUGUUCAUAUACAAUUUCCGUGAAUGAAUG